GUUCUGUUUGUUGAAAUGGUGCAGAUAUGAUGCUCUAUGGAUGUGUUCGGGAGCAAGCCUGAGACAAGAAGCACCUGCAAGAGUGCUUUACGCAACAAGAAGGCAGGCACAACACCGGUGGCCGGCUUAAGAACGCGUUUGUGUGCGCUUUUGAGGCAGUGCAUUUUUGCGUACAUACUCUUGAGUGGAGUAAAAAGCAGUGUUAAUGAAGUUUAAUGAGGUAUAGUAUAUAGAGUGGGGAAGCGGAUGAAUGAAUGCCAAUGCCAUCAUCUCAUCUCUUGACUAUGCCAACAUAACAGAAUGAGCUCUCAGGGAAAGUUGUCAAUUAGACCUUUGCCCCAUUUGGAUUUCGUGUUGGGUUGGCCAGGGAUCGCGCCAAACAAAGAAGCUUCAAGAAAUGCUGCUCAUAUUGCCGGAAAUGUGGAAGUUCGUUUAGGCAGCAAAGGGAUGAAAGCAUCUUGGCUUCGAAUCGAGCUGAGAAAAAUUGAAACCGUUCCGGGUGGUGAAAAUUGGGGUGAAUUGAUAGGAUCAGGCCCCAUCGAUGUCUGGUCAGCACGUUCUGGAACAGGAAAAGGAGAUCGCGAACAAGAUCCAGAUGGGACAUGCUGGGAGGUAUUGAAGACCAACGACUUCCCCUUCCGAAUCAACAUACCUGAGGCUUUACCGCCUUCAGCUCGAUUGGACAAGAUUUGUGGAUUACAGUAUGAGGUGGUAACCAGCCUUUGCGUAAAGACAAAAAAAGGUUUCAUGCGAAAAGAAGAUACAUCUUCUGUCAUGCAAUCCGUUCAACCAAUCACUCUCGAUAAGCAUGAAAUGCAUUCAACCUGGCCAGCAUACAAUAUACCCGAUACCCAUACAGGUGAACGUGACUCUAUGCGUGCAAAAUUACGAAGGGAACGUUAUUGUUAUGCUCCGGGCGAUAAGAUUCGUGUCAAGGUCAUUGUUCAAAGCAACCGAGUUGAGCCAGCCAAAUUAAAGUCUGUUGCAGUCACGAUCAAGGAGACCGUCACUUUCCAUGGAGUCAAACCUAGCAAGAAAUCCAUGACGAGUAACAGCAGCUCAGCUCAGCCAUCUAUGCAGCGGGUUGAAGUGGUGACACAGAAAGCAAAACAGAUUGGUAAAAAAAUUUACAAGGGAGACAGCAAAGAUUACGAUAUUGAGCUUGUGAUUCCAAAGAAUCAUGCUCUAAUGUCAAUUUCUACCGCCAAGCACAUCGAAGUGAGCUAUACGAUGCGUUUGUACGUGGAUAUCUCUAAAUCCCCUAUUGUUAUCGAUCAUGUACCUAUGAUGAUGACUACAUUCCCACGACAAGCCUCUCUCUCAUUGAUGAAGAAGAUCGGAUUUGUGGAAGGAUUGAGUGAACGCGACAUGCUGAUCGAUGACGACUUUGACGAUGCAUCGACUUCUCGAGGUGUUAGUCGUAGCACUCGGCCUAUUCCCAGUAGAAGUUUGUCUUACGCUGGAAGUUCAUCGACUGGAGGCGGAGGUUAUGAAAAUGCACUUUUGCAAAGACGUGAUACGGUGAUGACAAAUGCAACUGGUGGAAUGGCCGGCAGAGGUGUACCAGGACAAUUGUACAAUUUUGGUAAUUAUGGCCCACCUCCUUUGCCAACCUCUUCACCCGCACCAUUCUAUGCUGCAGAAGGUCCAAGACCUGCAUUUGCGGGACCUGGUGAUGGUGACGAUCAGCAAUUAUCCGAACAAGAAAGGAAUGCAUUGUAUCAUCAUUCCAAUGAUCCUCGAAAUGCAAUGGCAAUGGGCGUGGAUUAUGGUGCUGUUGCUUCUUUAGAGCCUACAAGAUCAAGCUUUUUGCCUUCUCGCGGACCAACAGAUUCUCCUGCUCGGUUUUCUUUUGCUGGUUUUCCUUCUUCUGCUACACCUAUUUCUCGACCUUCGACGGCGAAUGCAGUACCGAAUUCUGCUGCUGCAAAUGCGGCGGCAGAAGAGGAAAAGGAGCGAUUAUAUCUUCGUGCUCGACUACAAGCGGAGAGAAAUCAAAGAAGGGCUGAUGAAGCAAGAGCAGCGCUUGCAGCUGGAAGUACUCGAGAUAUUGAUUCUGCAAAUACCUUACCCGCAUCUGAGAGUGAAAAGUUACGAUUAUGGGAAAGAGCAAGACGGGAAGCAGAAUUGUACCAGAGAAGUUUCUCAGAAGGUGCCAAUUUCCCUGCAGAAGAGAGUGCAAACAACAGUCGAAUGCAUACACCCGCUUUGCCUCGUGUAGACGAAGACGCAUCUUCUGGAGAAGGUCCACCGGGUGGCUAUCCGAACUCGCCAGAAAAUCGAUUACAAAGGCCAAUGUCGAUGCAGCAUGAUAAUCGCAACAGUGCAAUGUUUUGGCUCGAUAAUCCAACAAUGGCCGCUGCAGGUGCUCCAGCUCCUUCAAAAAAUAAUCAAGGGCAGACGUACCCUUCAUAUGCAUCUGCAGAAGAUGAAAAGAGACGAUUGUACGAGCAAGCAAAAGCGGAAACCGAUGCACACAUGCAAGCACAAGAUCAAUCUGUUGCCUCUUCUUCCAACAUGACACCAUCUAGUUCGGCAAACAUGGGCGAUGUGCCUUCAUACAGCGCAAGCGUCAGCGGAUCUCAUACGAACGGCUUGAGUGAAAAGGAACAGAUGAAACGAUUUUAUGCUGCUCAAGAUGCUGUAAAUCAAUAUCAAGCCAGAUUGGAUGAAGAAGGAGAAAGCGGUGCAUCAGUAAAUCCGCCCAAGUUUGAUGUUUCGGGAAUGUCUUCCAAUCUCCAGCAAUCUCAGCCCUUGAGUGAAAAAGAGCAAAUGGCACGCUAUCAUGCCGCUCAAGCUGAAGUUCAGCGUCAUUUAGCCAAUUCGUAUGAUUCCAAUGGUCUCGCCAGUUCAUCUGGAUCUACAGUGCAAAAUAACCCUGCUCCUCAACCUCAACCUCUUGGUGAGAAAGAACAAUUGGCACGCUAUCAUGCGGCACAAGCAGAAGUGGAAAGAUUCACCUCACAACAAGCUACCAGUCCUGCUCCUGCUGCAAUAGUGGUGGCUAGCGGGUCGAAUGGCAGUACUGUUCCUGCCAAUACUGGCACAUCAAACCUCUCAGAAAAGGAACAGAUGCGACAGUAUUGGGAAGCAAGAGAUCGCGAAGCACAAAAGAACAAUCAAGCAGCAGCAGUGGCAGCAGCACAAGCAUCUAGUCCACAAAGUACACAUAUGAUGGCUUCACCCAGACCAGUAUAUGCUCCCAACUUUCAUGGUUUACCGUUUACUGCACCUUCUGAUGUUCGAGCAUCUCCUGCAACGACACCAUUACCACAAGGACCAUUUGUUAAUGCGCCUCUUUCCAACGGAGCUGUGAAGCCGAGAGUAGUUUCCUAUACUCCAACAACACAACAUUCUCAACAAUCCCAGCAACAACAUUCACGAUCACAAAGUAACGCCCCGACAGUAUCUUCUCUUGGCAUUCCGCCUCUCUCUCGACUUUCUCUCAAUCAUCGCGGAGGAACGCCAAGUCCGUUUGAAGGACCUUGGGCGCCAAAGAUUGCAUCGCCUGCAUGGGAGGAUGAGAGUGGGAACGAUGCAUCGAAUGAUUCAGAUGCUGUUCCACCACCAUUACCACCUAAGACUAUGCUCUCCCAUUCAUAA